AUGGCAGAAACAAACCUCAAAUCUCAACUAGAAAUGGAGAGCGAUGAGCAGAAGAUGAAACGCUUGGAAUUCGUCCAAGUUGUGGCGUUCCAUGCGAUGAUUUUUGCUGCGAAAGUCUACAAUUACUCCAAGGAUAAAUCAGGGCCGUUGAAGCCCGGAAUCCAUACAGUCGAGGGCACCGUCAAGACCGUUGUGGGACCCGUCUACGACAAAUACUAUGAUGUUCCCGUCGAACUGCUCAGAUUUGUUGAUCGCAAGGUGGACAAGUUGAUGAACAAGGUGCAGCGUCAUGUUCCAAAAGUUCUAAAGCAGGUGUCAACCCAAGCCUUCUCGAGUGCUCAGAAAGCUCCUGCAAUGGCUUGCUCCGUCGUGACGGAAGUCAAAACUGCUGGAGUCGUUGAAACCGCUUCAGGUCUUGCGAAAACCCUCUAUACCAAAUACGAACCUGCUGCCAAGGAUCUGUAUUCCAAGUAUGAACCGGUAGCUGAACAUUUUGCUGUGUCGACCUGGAGGUCUCUCAAUCAGCUCCCGCUCUUCGCUCAAGUGGCUCAAUCCCUUGUUCCAACAGCCAGUUACUAUACAGAGAAGUACAACAAGAGUAUUCAACUUUCGGCUGAGAAAGGGUACAAGGUUGCUUCAUAUCUUCCAUUGGUCCCAACAGAGAGGAUUGCAAAGGCAUUUAGCGCUGAUAAAACCAAGUCCAUGGUUUCGACCGGAGGAGUUGUUGAAGCACAUUGA